AUGGCUCAAUCUUUCCCGGAGGACGUACUUGUGCACGUAUUCUCGUUUUUGAACUGCGAUAAGGACCGGAAUGCGGUUUCUCUGGUGUGCAAGUCGUGGUACGAUAUUGAGAGGUCAAGUCGGAGGAGAAUUUUCAUCGGAAACUGCUAUGCAGUGAGUCCGGAGAUCUUGAUCCGGCGGUUUCCGGAUGUGAGAGCGGUGGAGUUGAAGGGGAAGCCGCAUUUUGCCGACUUCAAUCUGGUGCCGGAAGGAUGGGGUGGAUAUGUGUACCCCUGGGUUGUUUCCAUGGCUAGGGCUUACCCAUGGCUCGAGGAAAUCAAGCUGAAGAGGAUGGUGGUGACUGAUGAGAGCUUGGAGCUGAUAUCCAAGUCGUUUAAGAAUUUUAAAGUGCUUGUGCUCUUGUCUUGUGAAGGUUUCACAACUGAUGGACUCGCAUAUAUUGCUGCCAAUUGCAGGAACCUUAGAGAAUUAGACUUAGGGGAGAGUGAAGUAGAGGACCUGAGUGGGCAUUGGCUUAGCCAUUUCCCCGACAAUUGCACUUCCCUGGUGUCACUUAACAUAUCUUGCUUGGUCUCCGAGGUGAGUUUCUCUGCGCUGGAGCGUCUGGUUGCUCGAAGUCCUAAUUUGAAAACUCUACGGCUGAAUCGUGCUGUACCCCUUGAGAAGCUCCCCAACCUACUCUACUGUGCCCCCCAGUUGGUUGAGUUAGGUACAGGUGUCUAUUUUGCUGAAAUUCAGUCUGAUAUCUUCUCAAACCUGGCGGAAGCAUUUCUAGGCUGCAAGCAACUGAAGGGCUUGUCCGGGUUUUGGGAUGUGGUUCCAGCUUACCUUCCAGCCAUGUAUUCAGUCUGCUCUCGAAUCACUUCACUGAACUUAAGCUAUGCUACAGCUCAAAACCCUGAUCUUGUUCAUUUUGUUAGCCAGUGUAGCAAUUUACAGCGGCUAUGGGUGCUAGAUUACAUUGAAGACACGGGCCUUGAGGCACUUGCCGCUUCUUGUAAGGAUUUGCAGGAACUUAGGGUGUUUCCUUCAGAUCCUUAUGAUGCAGAAGGAAAUGUAACUUUGACGGAACAAGGGCUUGUUGCUGUCUCAGAGGGUUGCCCGAAGCUCCAGUCUGUUCUAUACUUCUGCCGCCAGAUGUCAAAUGCGGCAUUAGUUACUAUUGCAAGGAAUCGUCCUAACAUGAUUCGCUUCCGACUAUGUAUUAUCGAGCCUCGAGCUCCUGAUUACCUAACCCUCGAACCACUUGAUACUGGCUUUGGUGCCAUAGUAGAGAACUGUAAGGAAUUACGGCGGCUUUCCAUGUCUGGCCUCCUCACUGAUCGGGUUUUCGAAUAUAUUGGGACCCAUGCCAAGAAGUUGGAGAUGCUUUCAAUAGCUUUUGCCGGGAAUAGUGACUUGGGCCUCCAUCAUGUGUUGUCUGGGUGCGAAAGCCUACGAAAACUGGAGAUUAGGGACUGUCCAUUUGGGGACAAGGCUCUCUUAGCCAAUGCUACAAAGCUGGAGACAAUGCGAUCCCUUUGGAUGUCUUCUUGUUCAGUGAGUUUUGGAGCAUGCAAAUUGCUAGGUCAGAAGAUGCCCAGGCUCAAUGUCGAAGUGAUUAAUGAGAGAGGACCCCCUGAUUCAGGACCAGAAAGCUGUCCCGUUGAGAAACUUUAUGUAUACAGAACCAUUGCAGGACCUAGGGUUGACAUGCCUGGUUUUGUUUGGACAAUGGACGAACAUGUGUCCUCAAGGCUUUCUCGAGCAACAGAAUGA